AUAUUUUUCUGUGUGCACUUUUGUAUAAUUUUUAUUUUCAAAAAACUUGUGCCCAACUUGCUUUCGAGUAAAUCGAAUCAAUUGAACGUCUCAUUAAUGAAAAAAUGCCACCUAUUGCGUGACAUUAAAUCGAUUGUAUCGAUAGAAAGGCUGGAUAGAAGCGUGCGGCGAUCUUUUUGCGAUCUGUCAUCGUCGGUCAAUUUGACAUCAGUUUACACUCAAGCGGUUUUUUUUCUCCUCGCAGCGGCGUCGCCAAUCAAGGCUGCGACAGCGUGAACUUAGUUCCGAACUUGCGAGGCCGCGUUUCGACCUCGUCGACGAUCGAUAUUUUAAACCAUAUCGAUAAGCGGAAACGCCGCGCGCGCGCUUAAACGUAACAUCAGUAUGACGUCACGUAUUCCCGGCUCGCGGUGUCCUCGCAAGUAAAACCGCAUGACCGAGCACGAUCUAUAAUCACCAGCCGUUCCGUCGCGGCCAGUUUGUAACGGGGAGGCUCGCCGGGACGGCAUGUAGUCGCGCCGACCCCGCUUUACCCCGCGCGUCCACACGAAUUACGAAUUACGAUUCGUAUUCGCGACUCGGAUAAUCCUGUGUAUAGAGCCACCCGGCAGGUUGGCAGGACUGACCAUGUAGAUUGAAGCGCGAUCCUCCUCGGGGGACUCGGAAAGUGCUGUACGUAUUCCUGGCGACACGUGUGCCUCUGCCAAAAGAAAAGGUGCGUUACCUUCGUUGCGUCCGGCGGGAGAAGCGGAAGGAGCAAAUCUCGCGGCGCUUUUCCUACAAUUCUAACGAAAUGACGUUCGCGAGCGCGUUUUGAAUACGCGAGGCGUGGAGGGAAUAGAAAGGGGAGCGCGCGCGGUCGAUUAUCUUUCAUCCCGCAAAUGAAGAGGCGAUUGUAUCGCGGAGGCAAUUUGCGUUUCGUAUAAACGCGCACGUAAAUUCGGGGUAAAAUUUGGGGAGUAUCGUCGCCGUCUCGACCACCGACAGCUUACGGAUUCUCGAUCGGCGAAACUUUGGCGGGUCCGCUCUAUCGUUACGGCGGAGCGAAGGUAGUUAGUAGUCGAGCCCCGGUUUGCGCCACCCUUGGCGCGGACUACGUGCCGGCACGUGCGCGGUGCGGCAGGGCGCGCGUGCUACUCUCCCGUGUCAGAUUCGCUCGUCCGCCGCGCCGCAUGCCGCAGGGACCGGAGUCAAUGCCGUCGGGCAUCGCACGGACUCCGUGGCCGGUAAACAGUUGGUAAACGGCGACGAUUGACGGCGCUCCUCGAACCUGGAGGAAUACGAGGUGAACUCCGCUCCGAGAGCCCAGUGAGAGGCGCGCGCGCGCUCGAGCGCGCGCGCGAGAGAGCGCGCGAUAAGCGAGAGACACGUGUCGUUUGCAUGCGCCUAACAUACGUUAUCGCGCUGCCGUUAUCGCGCGACGAGUGAGCGUGCGAAUGCUCGCUCGCCCGCGACUUGGUGAAAACGCGGCUCGAAUCGAUGCCGCCGCGCCGCGAGUCGGAGCCGCGAGCGCCGAGGAGCUGCUAGCAACGACGGCGUCUCACCACGAGGACCACCAGUUCAAUCUCGGCAGUGGGCACGAGUUCCCGGAGCCUGCCGGAGCACUUUCGAUUCCUCUCGCAACAGGACGAAAGUAGACGGCAAUUAAGGAGGCCCUACCUGACGCACGCUGGAGAAUCGUGCGAACUUGGUGACCUGGGCAUGGUUUUAGUUGUGACGGCGGGGCGAUGACGCUCAAUCACCGUCCGCCGUCAUCAGCAGGAGUCCCUCAGGACUCGCCCAGCUUCCUGCUCCCGGUCCCGGUCCCAAUCCCGGUCACCGACGAUUGCCACUAUCCGGCGAGGAACAUCGUGAAAAGCCGCGCAACUGUUGCAGCCGGGAGAAGAUAUGAGAGACCGCCCUCAUCAUUACCGCGAUCACGGACACGCGAUGCCGCUCGAGGAGGCACAAGGGUUGUUACUUCCACCCUCCAGAAUAGGUAACCGGGGACCUCUGAAUGUGACGAUUGUACAGGUUGGCAGAGGAAAUGGAGGAGGUGGAGAUGGCGGAAGUGAUUUACUGAGAUUGGAACCGCCACCGGAUUUAAGACCGGCCCCGUCGCCCCUAUCUGACACCAGUGCUACCUUGCAGUCUGACAACAAUGACACUUUGGUUGGCGGUGUCGAUCCAAGGCUAUUGCUGGGAACUGGUGGUGAUCGCAAUACCUGGGAAGGUCGCUACCGCGUCAAGGAACAUCGACGUGCUGGGAAAGCCACUUUCCAGGGUCAAGUUUACAACUUCCUGGAGCGUCCUACCGGUUGGAAGUGCUUCCUGUACCACUUCUCUGUGUUCAUGGUGGUAUUGGUGUGCCUCAUAUUUAGCGUUUUGUCAACGAUAGACCAAUACAGUAACUUCGCAAACGAAACUCUGUUUUGGAUGGAAAUAUGUCUCGUGGUAUUCUUUGGAGUCGAAUAUCUGGUACGACUAUGGAGCGCGGGUUGCAGAUCGAAGUAUAUGGGCUGCUGUGGACGGCUGCGAUUCAUACGGAAACCGAUUUGUAUCAUAGAUUUAAUUGUCGUAGUAGCGUCCAUGGUAGUCUUGUCGGUAGGAAGCAACGGUCAGGUAUUUGCCACUUCCGCUAUCAGAGGCAUUCGUUUUCUGCAAAUUCUGCGAAUGCUUCAUGUCGAUCGUCAAGGUGGCACGUGGCGGCUCCUGGGUUCAGUGGUUUACAUACAUCGUCAGGAGUUGAUUACAACGCUGUACAUUGGGUUCCUAGGCCUUAUUUUCAGCAGCUAUUUCGUGUACCUCGCCGAAAAAGAUGCAGUUGGACCCAACGGCAAAACGGACUUCUCGAGUUAUGCCGAUGCGCUUUGGUGGGGAGUGAUAACGGUAACGACGAUAGGUUACGGUGACACAGUUCCGCAAACGUGGAUGGGAAAAAUAGUGGCCUCGUGCUUCAGCGUAUUCGCCAUAUCUUUUUUCGCACUUCCAGCUGGUAUUCUAGGUUCUGGCUUUGCGCUAAAGGUACAGCAGAAGCAACGGCAAAAGCACUUUAAUCGGCAAAUACCAGCUGCCGCAAUGUUGAUACAGUGUCUGUGGAGGUGUUAUGCCUCUGAUAAGGCCAUCAAUAGUGUCGCUACGUGGAAUAUCUACAUCAAGGACCCGGCGCCGACUGGCCAGCCUUCGACACCCCUGGGCAAGGUAACGUUUCCCGUUUGCAAAUUUAGCGAAGACCGAAGUAGCCGUACUUAUGGAUGGAUGCAAGCGGAGAAUGCAAAUUUUUUGCUCGAUGUUCUCAAUGUGCCGUUAUUUACCGCCGAAAAUCCAAAUGAUUUUGUUUUCUCCUCCAUGUUGCUAGUCACGUUACCCUUCCUCCCCGUUGCAAUUUGUCAAUCUGAGUUUCGCAUUUUGUCGCUUUUCAGACUGACAGAGGCGCACCGGAACGCCAUUCGGGCGAUCAGGAAGAUCAAGUACUUCGUGGCUCGCAGAAAGUUUCAACAGGCACGGAAACCGUAUGACGUCCGUGACGUCAUCGAGCAAUACAGCCAAGGUCAUCUAAAUAUGAUGGUGCGGAUUAAGGAGUUGCAGAGGAGAUUGGAUCAGACCCUGGGUAAACCGGGGAGCUACCUGGCGGGAAUCGACCGGGCUGGCAACGUGAAACCCAUGACGAUUGGCGCGCGUUUAUACCGAGUGGAGCAGCAGCUGUCGGUGAUGGACAAGAAGUUGGAUCAGUUGGUAUAUGUGUUAAAUGCGGUAGCGCAGAAACAGCAGAUACCUCUGCGUAGCAUAGAGGACGAUGUGUAACAGAGAGCCCCCGGCGAACUCGUGCAAUCUGUUUUACAAUCAUCCGCGGUUCCACGGAUUCUGCCUCGCGUUACUAUAACCACGGUAACGCCAAAUAUGUUCAGCGAGGGCUCCUAACAUGGGAGAUGGCACCCGCCCGAUUGUGCUGUCCCGAGCAUGUCCGGAAAGUACAAAUAUCAUAGCGAAUGCUGUUCGACUCCAUUCUCGAGAGAUUGCGAUCGGAAGACGAAACCGAAGAGACCGCUAUUAGUAUUGGCAAUUUUGGCGACCCUUACAACUAUUGUACAUUGUAGUCACAGAGGUCCAUUCUUACUUCCUCGAUCUUAUAACUCGAUGGAAUUACAAUCGUCGCCAUCACUGCCAACGCUAUCGCGUGUCUCAUUAACGGAAGAACGAUAUCUCCGCGAAAGGAAUACGUUGUUGACUCGAGGCUGAGAGGAGUCCUCGAGUGUAAACGCAAACGACGAAGUCAAACGCACAGGAUGGAUAAUCGAAUCAAUGAUAAUCGAAUCAGGCGUAGAGCCAGGGCAUAGAACCACCACCGUAGAUCGCGGUUGCUGUAUACGCGAAGUGAUAUAUUUCGUCGCACAGAGGCGAAAAUAUCGCCGAGAUCGAUCUUGUCGUCAGGAAGAAAGAAAGGAUCAUCGACUCUGUUCCAUCUUUUCAGCUCGCCGAAAUGGAUAAAUGCCAAUGGGAACAUCACUCGGGCCAACUAGAAGUAAUAAGGAGGAACAAUAAGCAACACUGAACUUCCUAGAGCAGAUUUUAAUUAAACUGUCAUAGACUGUCGAUCGUUCUGCCGGUCGGCUGAUCGUUCGUGAAGGGGCGGAACCGCUUAUCGGUCCCAAUGCGAUUCCAACGGUUCUGCAGGGUUUACAAUUUCAAAUUGUGGUUCCGUUUUGUUUUCGACUCUCGACACGGAGGUCUCGCAAAAGUAGAACCAGUUCAGGACUGUCGCUCGCGGAGUGUUUCCAGUUUCGAUUUCGCGAGCGCGCGCUCUCUCGAUUUAUUUCUAUCCCGACUUUAAUUCUUCGGCCUAGCACAAAUAUAGAUACUCGGAGAUAAGCCCGCUUCAAGCCCACGUAUACGAUUUCUCCAUCGUCUUUUCUUUUUCUUUUUUACGGCAUUGCCCGAUCGCACUUGCCUGCAGCGCUUGUUCCUAAAGAGCAAUACGUCUACGUAGAAUUUAGAUACCGCGUGCUGCUCCGUGAAUUCGCGAUAUGCAAUAUGUACGUAUCCAUAAUAUUAGUCUUCGAUACACGCGUGAGAACGUUUUAACGAAUUAUAAGGAUACGCCUCGAGAACGGAGAUAGGGCGAAAGGGAAAAGUGUAUAUAUCGUGUGGAGGCGUGUCACUCUCUUGUGCAUAUAAAUACAAUUUAUAUUUUAUACGUACAUUAUUUAUGGAACAUUUUAAGAUCGGAGACGUGGCACCACGAUCUUGAACCCCGCGCGUGACUCACCGCGUUACAAAGCUCUCUUACUUAUUGUUAGGAUCAAAGCCACGAACCGCGACGCGGCACGGAACUCUCAGACGAGCAAUCUAACAAUUUUUUCUUAAAUUAGAUUGAUCGAACCGACACAAGGGAUAGUUGCAGUUCUUAUGAUUUCUCGACUGCCAAAACUAGAUCUAAACGAGACGAGCAAUACAAUGUUAAUAAGUUCAGAUAGACGGAUUCGCGUCGCCUCGCGACUUGCGGUUUUGUCGUCGAUCGAUUAACGGCCAGUCUUUCGCGGGCGGGAGAGCGUUCUUUGCCAGGUGGACCUAUCGCACUUAAUAUAUCUAUCACCUCUUAUAUAUAUAUUAUAUAUAUUAUUAUGUACAUAUAUACAGUUGAGGAUAGAUUUAGCAACUUUCUUAAACCGAGCGGCUUCUAAGAGUAUUUUUAAUCACACAGAGAGAGACAUAUUAUAUGUAUACAUAUACAUUAUAUAUACAUUAUAUACAUACAUAUAUAAUAUAAAUGAAUAUAUAUAUAUAUACAUAGGUGUAGGGUCCAAAAUUAUACACAUUUUACAAGACUUUCUCGUGAACCAAAACACCACGCUUUACUGCUGCAAUGGACGCGGUGCUUGAUUCGAGUCGAUCAAUUCGUUGCAUCAGCGGGAUAUACAUAUAUAUUUCGCCGGUCGAGCACACUUGAUAUUAUGUGCACUGUGUCUACUUCGUUUUACGCGUGUAAACAUUACAAAACUUGUCUCUACACUUAUUUUUAUACCGUAAUAUUUUUGUAUCGUACCAGUUUCCUUCGUAUUUUUUCAUGCUGGAUGUACAUAUAUGUGGUAUUACAUACGCGUAGUAUUGUACAAAAUAAUUUUUCAUUUAUGUUUAAUGCUCAAUUGUUCUUGAAUCAAGCACAAUCUCCAUCGAUUAUAAUAAAAUGGUAGUCAAGUAUCGAUAACUUUGAGGAAGCGGAAUUUAACAAAUUAGCCUGUCCUCGAGGAGGACAGGUACGUUUUAAAUAAUGUGCUGUUAUCAAACUUUGCCCGUUUGCUACCAAACGCGUUGCUGACUUUUAAUUUUCGACAAGUAUAUAAUGAAUACUCAAGAAACCCUCCAAUUUUGAUAAUACUAAUCGAAUAAUGUAUCGAAUACUCAGCAGACUUUUGACAAUUUUACACGGUCCUACGUGUAUCUCGAUCAAUUUUUUUAAAUCGAAUCUCGCGAUGCUUGGCCAUCAGUUUAUUGUAAGUGUGUAUCUCAUCGAAAUAUGUGAAGAAAGUGCACUGGAAAAAGUAAGCAAAAUACUCUAUAAAACACGCUUUAGCCUAUACGUGCGUACGAGCACACUCUACGGUGCCUCUCACUUAAUUUACUCCACUUUAACACAAUCGAGUAUAUAAUAAAACUUACGAUAAUGUAUAGAUCAUAAAUGAUUAUAUAUAUAUACAUAGAUAACGGCAAUGCGACUACAUGUUAUAGCUCUUGCGAUACGUGAUGGCGCGGCGUGACGAAGAAUUUUUCAUUUAUCUGACAAUUGUAAAAUAUGUUCAUAUUUUCAAUUUCGUCUUGUUCGACUCUCGCAAAACUGCGAACUUGUCAAGUUUACCUGUUCGAGUGGUUUAAACAGAUAAUGGAAAAUUCAUUGUACAGCGCGCGCGUAAAGAGACCUGAGCAUCGGUGAGAAAGAGCACGUGCACGAUGAACGAAAUUUAGGUAUUAUACAAUCAUGAGUAGGUAGAAGUGGUUAUCAUUCUAGAAGUAGAGACAAUCAAUAAACGUCAUCAACGUGGCGUUAUAUGAAAAUCAAAUUUCCUUUCUACCAUUUCGCGAUCUACCGAAUGGCAUUCUCGAUGUAAACGAUUUAGUCAACGAAGUACAUAAAAUAAGUUGAUGAAUUCCAUUUAUAAAUACGUAGAGAUCGAAGAUAUUCAAUGACCUCUCUAAGCACAUUGUUAUUUCGUUAUAUGUGUAAAUUAUCAUUCCGAUGUUAUUGUUCGUACAACUGGAGAAAAGGUGAUGUAUAAAUCGAAAAUGUAGAAAAACAUUUUUCUAUAAAAUUUUAUUGUUCUACAUUUCGGAUUUAUUUCUCUAUGCGGAACGACCUCUCUUUCCCAGUUGUCGCUGGGCAAUAACUCUCUAAUUACUUUGUACGAAAUAUAUUUUUUUGUGGAAGGAGCUCAAAUAUAUA